UCGCCUCAGUUCCACAUUGCAAAUUGAAAAAGGAAACAAAUUACUGAGAAAAAUCUUGAUUCUCUUUGUGCAACAAAUGGCUAAUGAAGUGGUUCUACUGGAUUUGAAGCUUAGUCCUUUUGCAGCAAGGGUGAGGAUAGCUUUGGAAGAGAAGGGAAUAGAAUAUAAAUCUAAGGUAGAGGACUUGAGCAACAAGAGCUCUACUCUUCUCAAGAUGAACCCAGUUCAUCAGAAAAUCCCUGUCUUAAUCCAUAAUGGGAGACCCAUCUGUGAGUCAAUGGUCAUAGUUCAAUAUAUUGAUGAGGUUUGGAGCCAUAAACCUUCAUUGUUGCCUUCUGAUCCUUAUCGACGUGCACAUGCCAGGUUUUGGGCUGACUACAUCGACAAGAAGAUGUAUCCUACUGGAAGGAAUCUAUGGGCAUCUGAAGGUGAGCUCAAGGAAUCAUCGAAGAAGGACUUGAUUCAGUGCUUUAAAAUCUUGGAAGAAGAACUCGGAGACAAGCUAUAUUUUGGGGAUGAGAGCUUUGGCUAUAUAGACUUGGCACUUAUUUCAUUCCACAGCUUCUUUUACACAUUUGAGACCCUAGGAAACUGGAGCAUGGUUGCCGAGUGUUGGUAGGAGAAACCACUAGUGGUGGCUCUGAUACCAAUUGUUGGGGAUUCCUGCUCCCCAUGCGGAACGGUGGUGUUCAUGAUCAUUGCUCAAAGGAGGCUAAGCAUACUGACACAAUAUUUAACGUGGUUCGGCUAAUCGCCUACAUCCACGGGUGAGAUCAAUAUUAUUAGAGAUAGAGAAAGAAUACAACACACGGAGGAGGAUCACAUCCACUCAACUCCCAUCUCUCAUUGCUACAUAGGGCAGCAGCUGCAUAUGGCAGCAGGGCUGCUGGUGGCAGCCCUUCUCUUUCUUUCUCUCUUCUUCUCUCUUUUGUUCUUGCUCUCUCUCUCUCUUUAUGCUGCACUCUUGGUGUCUAUUUAUAGGCUUCAAUGACAGCUUCUCUUGCUCCUUUGUCAACAAUGGUGGCUGCCAAACUUACCAAACUUUGACAUUGGACAAUGGUUGUUGGCUGCCACCAACAACCCACCAUUGUAGCCUCCUUCUUUGACAAUGUCAAGGGGCUGCAAAUGCUGCAUCAGCAGCCCUCUUUGACUCUCACAUGGCAGCCAUCUUCUUUGACAAUGGCAGCCACAUAAUUGGCAAUAUUCCAACAAUCACCCCCUUUGCCAUUUAUGUGGGUAAUUGUCCUCUUGCCUUUUCUACACAAUGGUAUGGUCAAAACAUAAUUUUGACAACUUUCAUUUUUAAGCAAAAAAUCAAACACCACUUUAAACCAUAAGCUCUGAUACCAAUUUUAGGGAAUUCCGACCGGUGAUGUUCUGAUAUUUGCUCAUAGGAGGUAAAGCACACUGACACAAUAUUUAACGUGGUUCGGCUAAUCGCCUACAUCCACGGGUGAGAUCAAUAUUAUUAGAGAUAGAGAAAGAAUACAACACACGGAGGAGGAUCACAUCCACUCAACUCCCAUCUCUCAUUGCUACAUAGGGCAGCAGCUGCAUAUGGCAGCAGGGCUGCUGGUGGCAACCCUUCUCUUUCUUUCUCUCUUCUUCUCUCUUUUGUUCUUGCUCUCUCUCUCUCUUUAUGCUGCACUCUUGGUGUCUAUUUAUAGGCUUCAAUGACAGCUCCUCUUGCUCCUUUGUCAACAAUGGUGGCUGCCAAACUUACCAAACUUUGACAUUGGACAAUGGUUGUUGGCUGCCACCAACAACCCACCAUUGUAGCCUCCUUCUUUGACAAUGUCAAGGGGCUGCAAAUGCUGCAUCAGCAGCCCUCUUUGACUCUCACAUGGCAGCCAUCUUCUUUGACAAUGGCAGCCACAUAAUUGGCAAUAUUCCAACACCGAGUUCCCUAAGCUCGUGGAGUGGGGCGAGAGAUGCUUGCAAAAGGAGAGCGUCUCCAAGUCUUUAAGUGACCAAACGGAGGUUUAUGAAGUCGUUUUGCAGAUCUUCAAACCGAAGCUGGGGAUUGAAUAAAUAUAUAAUACUGCAAAUGGAGAGUGUAUCCAAGUCCAUUCUAUUGUGGCAUUUUAUGUUUUCUUAACUUGUUCUGGAAGAGUAUUCGGUUGGUUAGUUCAGCCUGAUAAUAAUAAAGGGUUCUUGGAUAUUAAA